AUGGCAUCAGUUCAAACGGAAACUACAUGUGGGACUCUUCUACAUGAACUUCAGAUAAUAUGGGAUGAGGUUGGGGAAACGGAUUCUGAGAAGGACAGGAUGUUACAUGAACUGGAGCAAGAAUGUUUGGAGGUGUAUAGAAGAAAAGUAGACCAAGCAAACAGGUGUAGAGCUCAGCUGAGGCAGGCAAUUGCUGAUGCUGAGGCUGAGCUUGCUGCCAUAUGCUCUUCAAUGGGGGAGCGCCCAGUGCACAUUAGGCAGUCUGAUCAAAGCACUGGAAGCUUGAAGGCUGAGCUCAGAGCCAUCCUCCCCCAGAUAGAGGAGAUGCGGAAGAGGAAAGCUGAUAGGAAAAAUCAGUUUAUAGAGGUGAAGAAAGAGAUACAAAAUAUUAAGAAUGAAAUCAAUAGUCCAGGAGGCUAUUCUUCAAAUGACACGACAGUGGAUGAUUUGUCUUUGAGAUAUCUGGAAGAGUUGCAAAAAGAACUUCAGGCACUUCAGAAAGAAAAGUGUGAACGUCUGAAACAGGUUAUGGAGCAACUGAGUUACUUGUACUCAUGUUGCUCAGUGCUCGGUUUGGAUUUUGAGCAAACUGCUAGUGAGAUUCAUCCAAGCUUAGGGGAAACUGAUGCUUCAAAAAACAUUAGCAAUGAUACUAUAGAAAAAUUGGGGGCUGCCAUACAAAGUCUCAGAGAGGUUAAAAUGCAGAGAAUGCAGCAGUUACAAGAUCUAGCAAGUUCAUUGCUGGAGCUUUGGAACUUGAUGGACACACCAAUCGAAGAGCAACAGAUGUUUCAGAAAGUUACAUGUAACAUAGCUGCUUCUGAAGAUGAGAUAACAGAAGCCGACAUGCUUUCUGCUGAUUUUAUUAAUUAUGUCAAAACUGAAGUUUCUCGAUUGGAAGAAUUGAAAAUAAGCAAGAUGAAGGAACUUGUUUUGAAGAAGAAGUCAGAGCUUGAAGAUAUUUGUAGGAAGACACAUUUAGUUCCAGGAUCCGAUGGUUCCAUUGACAUCGCCAUACAGGCUGUUGAAUCUGGCGCUGUUGAUGCCUCUUUUGUGCUUGAACAAAUUGAGAUCCAAAUAUCCAAAGUCAAAGAGGAGGCACUAUGCCGGAAAGAAAUCCUUGAAAAGGUUGAGAAGUGGAUGGCUGCAUGCGAUGAGGAGAGCUGGCUCGAGGAGUAUAAUAGGGAUGAGAAUCGUUAUAAUGCUGGGAGAGGUGCUCAUCUUACUCUCAAACGUGCUGAGAAAGCCCGUACAUUAGUCAACAAACUUCCUGCAAUGGUGGAUACAUUAACUUCGAAGACCACAGCAUGGGAAAAUGAAAGAGGAGUUCAUUUUACUUAUGAUGGGGUCCGUCUGCUCUCUAUGCUUGAAGACUACAUGGUUUUACGGCAAGAAAAAGAAAUAGAACGCAAGAGGCAGAGGGACCAGAAGAAACUCCAGGGACAGUUGCAAACAGAGCAGGAAGCUCUUUAUGGUUCAAAGCCAAGCCCUAUGAAGAACCAGAGUGCCAAGAAAGGGCCUAGAUUGUCAUGUGGUGGUGUUGGUGCAAGCAAUAGAAGACUCUCCCUUGGUGGGUCUAUGCUUCAAACUCCUAGGCCCGACAUCCUUUCUUCAGCAAAGGCUACUCCUAGGCCCGACAUCCUUUCUUCAGCAAAGGCUACUCCUAACACACGUGCAGCCAAGAAAAGUGAACGUAUGAACCAGGAUUGCCUUAAAGAUGAUGGAUUUGCAGCCCUCUCUACCGGGAGGACGGGACUGGACAUAGCCAGUCUCCCCAUACAACAAAAUUCUCUUAAUCCUCCCCACCCACACAGUGCUCGGGACUUAGAGCCCCCCAUGACCCGAAAGCCUUUCUCUCCCAUUUCCUCAACUGACUCUCCAAAACCCAAUUAUGUGACCAACAUUCUGGAAGACUUGAACAAAAAACACCACGACAUGCUGCAAAAAACCCUCUCCGUUAAUAACACUCCUUCACCAUUCACCACGCCUUCAAAGACAAUGAUACCUAUGGCAGCAGAAUUUGAGAACCGUACGCCUCAAGCUAUGGCCAUGAUACCUGUGGUGCCCUCAACACCAUCGACUGUUUCGAUUCCAAUGCAAGUGGCCCUAACGCCCGCUCAAAUGACGACACGUGUUGCAAGGCAAGUGGCCUUAACCACGACUACUGCUGCUCCUGUGCAGAUGGCCAUUGUACCUGCAGCUAAGUCGGCCGAUGAGGAGAUUGAGUACUCGUUUGAGGAAAGGCGGGCUGGGUUUGUUCUGCCAAGGCCGCAUGUAACGACCUUGAUGCGAGUUUAG